AUGUCUUUACCGGUGAGUUCAACCUCUAGUGCACAACCAAAAUCCAAAACUACAUCCUCUUCUCUCCCGAUCCAAGAUGAACUCAUUGUGAGCUGUUUCGCAAAGGUUCCAAGAUGUGACUACCCUUCACUGUCUCUCGUCUCCAAACCUUUCAGUCGUCUCAUUGCCUCCCCCGAGAUGAAUCUUGUACGUUCACUCUCUCAAUCCACUGAAAAUGUACUUUACGUUGCCUUGGGAAGCAAUCGUGAACAAAACCUUGUUUGGUAUACUCUCAACCAAAUACCUCACAGAGAAGGAUCUAAUUCUCUUAACCACAAGUUGAUUCCAGUUCCCUCUUUCCCUUCUCUCCCUUCUUGGGGAGCUUCUCUUAUUGUUAUACGCAACGAGAUUUAUGUUUUCGGUGGAUGCAUCAAUGGUGAACUCACCUCUAAAGUGUUUGUUAUCGACUCCCGAUUUGGCACGUAUCGGUUUCUUCCUAGCAUGCGUGUGGCUCGUGGUUAUGCUGCGCUGGGUGUUGUAGAUGGGAAGAUUUACGUAAUCGGAGGGUGUAAAAAGGUGGAUUCGUUGGAUAUAGAGGUUUUCGAUGUCAAGACGGAAACAUGGGAGUGUUUUUCGGGUUUGUGUAAUGAAGAAGUGUUUGAGGUCACAAUCAAGAGUUUUGUGAUGAAUGAGAAGAUCUACAUAAUGGAUCCUAAACAAAUCUUUGUUUACGAUCCUAAGACAGGUAAGUGGGUUGAGGACAACUUGCUGAAUGCAGAAUGGAAAAUGGGUUCGUGCGUUAUUGAUAAUAUGUUGUACACUUUUGAUAGUUCUUGGAGUAAGAUAAAGAUCUAUGAUCCAAAAGCUGAGUCUUGGAUAUUCAUGAAGGGUGUUGAAGAUCUACCUGAGAUGAUGAGUUAUUAUUAUGGAUCCAUAAUGGCGAAUCAUGGCGGAAAACUUGCGAUUUUGUAUUAUAACUAUAAUGUCAAUGGAAAAACAGGGGUUUGGUAUACAGAGAUUGCAUUGGAAAAGCGAGAAGGAAAAGAGAUUUGGGGGAAAAUCUUGUGGUCUAAUCUUUUGAUUACUUUGAACUAUUACCCAACAAUUGCUCAAUGUUUAGAUGUAAUAAUUUGA